UGACGAAGACGACGAAUCAAUUUAUAGUCGAUAUCCCACUCUUUAGUUUAUCCAAUGAUUUUCUCUUCCUUCCUCACCAAUUCUUCUCUCUCUAUUUUAGUUAAUAUCUUAUGUAACUGAUCGAUCAGGUUAAAGACUCUGCACUAUUUUUUUGUGGCUUGCAUACGGAGGAAGACGAAUCGUGCAUUGUUCUUUUUGUUCACUUGCAAUGGCGUCGACGACUACGGCCGCGAGGGAACAUGUUAACGAGAUCAGGAGGACGAAGUUCUCUAUCGGCGGAGAUCCGAAUCCGCUAACGGAGGAUCUUCAUCAGGCGGUUAAGAAUCUGUCUGCCGAGCUUUACGCGAAGGACGUGCAUUUUCUAAUGGAACUUAUUCAGAAUGCCGAGGAUAACGAGUAUCCGGAAGGGGUUGAUCCUUCCUUGGAAUUCGUGAUUACAUCAAAAGACAUAACAAACACCGGAGCUCCGGCGACCUUGUUAGUUUUCAACAAUGAAAAAGGGUUUUCCGAUAAGAACAUCGAGUCAAUCUGUAGCGUUGGAAGAUCUACUAAGAAAGGUCUCCGGAAGCGUGGCUAUAUUGGCGAAAAAGGUAUUGGAUUCAAAAGUGUGUUCUUGAUAACAGCUCAGCCAUACAUUUUCAGUAAUGGUUAUCAGAUAAGAUUCAACGAAAAACCUUGUGAGCAUUGUAAUGUUGGUUAUAUUGUUCCUGAAUGGGUGGAGGAGGGUCCAACAAUUUCUGCCAUUCAAAGCGUAUAUGGUUCGUCUAAAACUCUGCCAACCACAACUCUGGUGUUGCCUCUAAAACCAGAGAAGGUCAAACCAGUCAAAGAUCAGCUUUCAAGUGUCCAUCCAGAAGUUUUAUUGUUUUUGGCAAAAAUAAGGCGGCUUUCUGUUAGGGAAGACAAUGAGGACCCCAGACUCAACACUGUCACUGCAAUCUCUAUUUCAAGUGAGAAGAACUUUUUCACUUCCAAGAGCCUGGAUGCUGUUUCAUAUACUGUGCAUCUCACUGCUGAUGUAGAAGACACAGAAUGUGGGUACCACAUGUGGAAACAAAGGUUUCCUGUGAAACCUGAAAAUAAAGUGGAUGCUAGAAUGGAGGUAGAAGAAUGGACAAUCACUCUCGCUUUUCCGAAUGGGACAAGACUCAAAAGAGGGUCAAGUCUGCCUGGAAUCUACUCCUUUCUACCAACAGAGACAGUCACAAACUUCCCUUUCAUAAUGCAAGCAGACUUCCUCUUGGCAUCUUCAAGGGAAAAUAUCCUCUGGGACAACAAAUGGAACAAGGGAAUACUCGAUUGUGUGCCUCUGGCGUUUCUAAAUGCAUUUACCUCACUGGUUAAAUCAACAGAAAAUGCUCCCGUUUCCAGUCUCCCAUUCAUGUUUAGGUUCUUACCUGUCUAUGAGUCAUCUCAUCCAAAGCUGAACCUUGUCAGGGAUGCCAUCAAAGCAAAGCUGAUGAACGAGACUAUUGUUCCAUGUGAGUCAUACACUACACAGAAGAUGUUCCGUAAACCCAAUGAAGUUGGUAGGCUGAAGCCUGAAUUUUGGAGCAUACUCAAAGAGGCAAGGAGCCAAAGUGUUAAUUUUUCCAACAUUUCAUCUCAUGGAGCGUAUCUUCUCGCUUCUUCAUUUGAUACAAGCGAGUACAAUGUGAUUCUUGACUUUUUGGAAAUCAAGCCUGUAAGUGAUGAAUGGUAUGCGAAAUGCAUUGGGAGCUCCGAUCUUGUAAAGGGUGUCACAGAAGAUGUUUAUAUACAACUUCUAUUAUUCGUUGCAGAGAAUUGGGGUUCUUGUUUUUACAAAACCAACAUGAAGAAUACACCUUUGAUCAAGUAUAUUGGGAAAGACGGAAAAGACGAUGUAUAUUCUCUGGCCUCUGGUAUAAACAAGUUGCUGGCUGCAGAUUCCGAUUAUAUUUCCUGGUUGCUUAAUUGCAACGCAGAGUUCCGAUGUUCAAUCGAUAAAUUUUUUCUGCCCAAAAUCACACAAGAAGCCAUAAGAUCAUGUCCAAGGAAGGCAACACUAGUGAAAUGGCUUAGAGAGCAGGCGAAGGUUAAAUUUGUGAGUGUUUGUGAAUACGCUGAGCUUGUUAGUCACUCACUCGGGUAUGAUCGCAAGCUUGCUGUUACUUAUGCCCAUUUCCUUUACAACUCUUUGGUAAAGGAGUACUUAUGGCAACAUGAAGUUCAGAAUCUGUGUAGUGGCAUGCCGAUUGUUGAUAACUAUGGGAAUAUAACUAAAACAAGAAGUGGAGUGCUUGUACCUGCGAAAGGAAGCAGAUGGGUGGAGCUGAUUGGUUCAAAUCCAUGGAGGCAGCAUAAUUAUGUUGAGUUGGGUGAAGAUUAUACACGUGGUGCUUGUUAUUUUGGUAUGGUGACAUCUGGUCAAGAGCUUGUUUCGUUUCUUCAAAAAUAUGUUGGGGCUUCUGAUGUUCCUUAUCUAUCUCCUCCCAAUGCUGCGAUUCCCACUCUCUCCUCUCCUCUCACCAAAAGAAACACAUUCUUGCUUCUGGAAUGGCUUAGGAAUUUAAGGGCAUCGGGGGUUGGUUUACCAGUGAGAUUCUUAUCUUCCAUUAAAAAUGGCAGCUGGUUGAAGAUUACUCUGAGUGGGAGUCCUGGGUACCGAUCGCCUUCAGAAUCAUUCAUGCUAAAGUCAUCAAUCGGGAACCUUCUACAGAAUGGAUCGGUGCUUGUUGACAUCCCAUUGGUUGAUGAGAAAUUUUAUGGUGAGGAGAUAAAGAAUUUCAAAGAUGAACUGGAAAGAAUCGGUGUCAGGUUUCAAGACACAGAUGCAUGUGAGUUUAUUGGUGAGCGCCUCAUGCGGCUUGCAGCCUCUUCACAGCUUACCAGAGACAAUGUUUUUUCGAUAUUGAAAUUCAUUCAGUAUCUUGGAGAAAAUUAUAUCUCCACUCGGGCGUUGAUCGAAAGUAUUAGAAAAGAAAGGUGGCUUAGGACAUCUCGAGGUGAUAUGACUCCUAUCAAUUGUGUUCUGUUCAGCCAGGAAUGGAAUGCUGCUUCACAGAUAAGUGACAUUCCAUUCCUUGAUCGUGAUUAUUAUGGUUCAGAGAUACUUAAUUACAAGAAAGAGCUGGAUUUGCUGGGUGUGAAAGUGAAGUUCAACGAUAGUUAUCAGCUUGUUUUAGAUUACCUGAAGCCCUCAUAUUCACUGGCCUCUCUGUCAUCUGAAACCUUGUCACUGAUAUUAAAUUGUAUACAGAAUUUGCGAUCCUCGGAUAAGCUGGUCGAAGCGUUUAAGAACAAUAGAUGCUUAAAAACGAACUUGGGUUACAGAUGCCCAUCUGAUUGCUUCUUGUUGAAUCCAGAAUCCGAGUGGGGUUGCCUUCUUGAGGUCUUUGGAUCAUUUCCGAUUCUUGAUCAACAGUUUUACGGGAGGUCUAUAUGUUCAAAUGCAAACACACUAAAGAAAUUUGGUGUGAUGGUGGAUUUUGAGGAUGCUUGCAAAGAGUUUACCCGAAUUUUCAAGCAACAGGCAUCAGUAUCUUAUAUCAAUAAAGAAAACGCCCUUUCUUUUCUGAAUUGUUAUGGAAAGCUGAAGAAACAGCAAGUGAAAUUUCCGACUGAUCUGAAGGACUGCAUACGCAAAGAGAAGUGGCUACGAACAAGACUUGGUGACUACAGACCACCAAAAGAGUGCAUUCUUUUUGGUGCUGAAUGGGAACCAAUUUCUACAAUCUCCCUGCUUCCCUUCAUUGAUGACAACUUUUAUGGCAAUGAGAUCCAUAACUAUCACACCGAUCUCAAGGGGUUGGGUGUUAUCACAGAUUUCAAAGAUGGAGCCAAGUUUGUGGCUAAUGGGCUUUUCUUACCUCAAGAUUGCAGUAGUCUUACUCCUGCAAAUGUUUACGCCCUUCUUGAUUCUGUCAAGAGACUGAAAGAGAUAGGAACGGAUCUUCCUGAUAAAUUUCUAGACAAAGUUUCCUCAAGGAAUUGGUUGAAAACACAUUUUGGCUACAGACAACCUGACGAGUGCUUGCUUUUUGAUUCUUUCCAUGAUUCUUUUUUGAAGUGUAACGAUGGUCCUUUUAUUGAUGAAGGAUUCUAUGGAUCUCGCAUUGUAUCUUAUAAACAUGAGCUCAAAGCUUUAGGAGUUCCGAAUGAUAUUAACAAGGAAUGCCAGUUGCUUGGUAGCUACCUCGAAUGCCACUCCAACUUUGAAACAAUUUCCCGAAUCUAUAUUUUCUUGUCUACAUACAAGUGGGAGCCUGUUGAUGAAGACAGUAAAAGGAUAUGGAUCCCGAGAGGAGCAGAUCACGGAGAGUGGGCCGUGCCUCAAGAUUGUGUUCUCCACGACAAAAACAAUCUGUUUGGAGAGCAGUUGAAAGUUUUGGAGAAAUUCGAGUAUGACAGCAAAAUUCUUGACUUCUUUUCCAAUACUUUGAAUGUGAAGGUUCAUCCCUCGAUUGAUGACUACUGCAAGCUUUGGAAGGCAUGGGAAAGUUCAGGAAGCCAAAUUGUAACACACAAAGAAUGCUGCGCCUUUUGGGAGUUUGUGGUUCGAAACUGGAACCCAAGAACAGAAGAUACUUUCAAGAACAACUUAUCCAAACUCCCUGUUUUAGAUCCUAAUUCAAAUGGAAGAAUUUUUCUGUAUGACAAGCGUGAUGUCUUCAUAGGCGAUGAUCUUUUCUUGACAGAUCUCUUUACAAAAACCUUCUCUCGUCCAAUAUUCGUAUGGUUUCCUCAGCCAAGUCAGAAAACCCUAACCCGAGCCAAGCUUGUGGACAUCUACACCAAACUUGGUGUCCGGAUCUUGUCCGAAUCUGCACAAAAAAACAUAUCUGAUAUUGAUCAUGCUGGAUUCGAGCCGGUCAAUUUGAAAGAAAAGAUCAACAAAAAGGGUUUGUUCAAACUCAUUCUUGCCUUUCUUGCUGAUCCUAAUCUGAAAAUCGAGCCAGAUAAGAGACAUGAAGCUGUUAGCCGUGUGCUUGCGAUCGAAGCUUUUGAGACACCGGAAAAAAUGUCAGUCAGAUACAGCUUGACUUUUUCAUGUGGAGAAGUUGUGGAUGUGGAGCCCAGGAGAAUGAUCCGUUGGGACAAACAGCUGUCUAAAUUAUAUAUGCAGAAGAUGGAGAGAUCUUCUGGUCAUAAGAAUGUUAUUGAAUACGCUUCUCAUUUUGCUGAAGAAAUAGCAGAGGGAGUUCUGUGGGAUAAUGAAGAGCUUGUUCCAGAUCUGUGUGAGCUCAUAAGGCUGGGGUUUUUGUUGGAGUUUGAUGAGGAAGCAGUGGAGUUCCUCAUGAAGAUCAAGAAUCUGCAGAUCUUUCUGGAGGAUCAAGACUAUCUUACUUCCACCUUCUCAUCUUAAUUAUAAGGGGAAAGCUUCAGAACUCAGACAGUUAUGGCGGUGGAGGUUUGUUUAAAGUGGCAGAAACUUAAUUGAUAAAGCUUUUUUUUUGGUAUAGUAUCAUCUAGUGCCACAAUCUCCAAUAUUUCCCUUAUUUUCCAUUAUUAAGUCGCUUUAAGUGUUUUUAAUGUAUGUUAUGAAACAAAUGGUUAUCUAUGCUUUUAGUCUGACUUCUUUGUAACCAAUCAAGUUUUAUGUCACCUCUUGAAAUGGUAGAACACUUUCCCUUCU